GGCCGCCAGCAGCCCCCGAAGAGGCACAGCAGCGGCGUCUACAGCGACCGGGAAGCCACGCCCGCUCGCGAGCGGGGGGCUGGCCCAGUACUCCCCCCAUCCUCCCCUCCCUCGGACCCCUCCCCGCGCGGUCCCUCCCUCCGCCCGCGGCUCGGCUCGCGGGAGGCGCAGGGCACCGGGGCUGGCGCGCUCUCCCGGGCGCACACACAUAUCCACGCACGCACGCCCAGAGCAGCUGUCUCCGCCGUGGCCGGCGCUCCUCUCGCCCAUGCGGACGGACAGAGCUCAGGAAGAUGGCUGACGACUCCGUGGGGCCCCGAGGAUGCAGCCCGGAGGCGGCGGGAGCGGGAGCGGCGGAGGCGGCACCGGUAGCGGCGGCAGCAGGAGCGGCGGCGGCGGCGGCAGGAGCGGCGGCGGCGGCAUCCCCGAGACUCCCCGGGCUACCCUUCCCCGUGACGGCCACUGACGGUCUCCGCCGCUAGAAGAGACCCCCGCUCCUCCCUCGCCUGCCUCCCCCUCCCAGCCCCGGACCCGCCAGCACCGCUACCUCCGCCAGCGUUGCCACCAUCAGCACCACCUCCACCUCCGCCACCGCCACCGCUACCGCCACCACCACCACCGCCGGCGGCGGCAGCAGCCAUUUCAUCUCCACAGAAACCAGACACAAAAACAUGGCAGAAAUGGAGAAAGAAGGGAGACCUCCGGAAAAUAAAAGGAGCCGGAAACCGGCUCACCCCGUGAAGAGGGAGAUCAACGAGGAGAUGAAGAACUUUGCAGAGAACACCAUGAAUGAACUUCUGGGCUGGUACGGCUAUGACAAAGUUGAAUUAAAAGACGGUGACGACAUUGAGUUCAGGAGCUACCCUACUGAUGGGGAGAGCCGGCAGCAUAUUUCUGUUCUCAAAGAAAAUUCCUUGCCAAAACCAAAAUUACCAGAGGACAGUGUUAUUUCAUCAUUCAAUAUAAGCGCGGGCUAUUCAGGCCUUGCCACUGGGAAUGGACUCAGUGACUCACCUGCAGGGUCAAAGGACCAUGGCAAUGUGCCCAUUAUUGUACCUUUAAUCCCACCACCUUUUAUAAAGCCGCCAGCAGAAGAUGAUGUGUCAAAUGUACAAAUAAUGUGUGCCUGGUGCCAGAAAGUGGGAAUCAAGCGCUAUUCCCUGAGUAUGGGAAGUGAGGUGAAAAGCUUCUGCAGCGAGAAGUGCUUUGCCGCCUGCCGGAGAGCCUACUUCAAAAGAAACAAGGCUAGAGAUGAAGAUGGACGUGUUGAAACUUUCCCCCAGCAGCACUAUGCUAAGGAAACUCCAAGGCUUGCCUUCAAGAAUAACUGCGAACUACUUGUGUGUGACUGGUGUAAACACAUAAGGCAUACAAAAGAAUACCUGGAUUUUGGGGACGGGGAAAGAAGGCUUCAGUUCUGCAGUGCAAAAUGUCUCAAUCAAUACAAAAUGGACAUUUUCUACAAAGAGACACAGGCCAAUCUUCCAGCUGGGCUGUGCAGCACGUUACAUCCUCACAUGGAAAGUAAAGCAGAAGGCACCGGGGUGCAGCUGCUCACUCCAGACUCUUGGAAUAUCCCGCUAACAGAUGCUCGGAGGAAGGCUCCCUCCCCGGUGACUGCAGCUGGCCAAAGCCAGGGCCCUGGCCCAUCCUCGUCCACCACCGUCUCUCCAUCUGACACUGCCAACUGCUCUGUCACUAAAAUCCCCACCCCAGUGCCCAAGUCCCUCCCCAUCAGCGAGACUCCAAAUAUCCCUCCUGUCUCGGUCCAGCCACCUGCUAGCAUCGGACCUCCGCUGGGCGUCCCGCCUCGUAGCCCUCCCAUGGUGAUGACCAACCGCGGCCCGGUGCCGCUGCCCAUCUUCAUGGAGCAGCAGAUCAUACAGCAGAUCCGCCCGCCCUUCAUUCGUGGGCCGCCGCAUCAUGCCUCCAACCCCAACAGCCCCCUGUCCAAUCCCAUACUCCCGGGCAUUGGGCCUCCGUCCGGUGGCCCCAGGAACCUGGGCCCCACUUCCAGUCCCAUGCACAGGCCCAUGCUAUCACCCCACAUCCACCCACCAAGCACCCCUACCAUGCCUGGGAACCCCCCGGGGUUACUGCCCCCGCCGCCCCCGGGCGCGCCUUUGCCCAGCCUUCCCUUCCCUCCGGUAAGCAUGAUGCCAAACGGCCCGAUGCCGGUGCCCCAGAUGAUGAACUUCGGCCUGCCAUCGCUUGCCCCGCUGGUGCCGCCCCCUACGCUACUCGUGCCGUACCCAGUGAUCGUACCCCUGCCGGUGCCCAUCCCUAUCCCUAUCCCCAUUCCCCAUGUCAACGAUUCCAAGCCCCCAAACGGAUUCUCGAGCAACGGGGAGAGCUUCGUUCCGAGUGCCCCGGGUGACUCGGCAGCAGCGGGAGGCAAGUCAGGGGGACGCUCCCUGUCUCCGCGGGACUCCAAGCAGGGCUCGUCCAAGUCGGCCGACUCGCCGCCUGGAAGCUCCGGCCAAGCUCUGAGCCUGGCGCCCUCAGAGCGAGGCCGUGGGGAGGUGGUGGACCUAACCCGGCGUGCCAGCAGCCCCGCGGGUGCGGGAGGCCAGCCUGGCUUCGCCGGCGUGCUACACGGCCCGCAGGAUGGUGUCAUCGACCUGACAGUAGGCCACCGCUCCCGGCUGCACAACGUGAUCCACCGCGCGCUGCAUGCGCACGUCAAGGCGGAGCGCGAGCCGGGCGCGGCGGAGCGCAGGACCUGCGGCGGCUGCAGGGACGGCCACUGCAGCCCGCCCGCCGCCGGCGACCCGGGCCCGGGCGCCCCAGCGGGUCCCGAGGCUGCCGCCGCCUGCAACGUCAUCGUGAACGGCACCCGCGGCGUCCCGGCCGAGGCUAAGGGCGCAGAUCCGCCGCCGGAGCAACCACCGCCCCCCGUGCCACCCAAAAAGCUGCUGUCGCCCGAGGAGCCCGCGGUGAACGAGCUGGAGUCGGUCAAGGAGAAUAACUGCGCUUCCAACUGCCACCUGGAUGGGGAGGCGACCAAAAAGCUGAGGGGGGAGGAGACCCUGGCGGGGGGCGACAAGUCGGACCCAAACCUCAAUAACCCCGCGGAUGAGGACCACGCCUAUGCUCUGCGAAUGCUGCCCAAGACCGGCUGCGUGAUCCAGCCUGUGCCAAAACCCACGGAGAAGGCUGCCAUGGCACCGUGUGUCAUCUCCUCGCCCAUGCUCAGCUCCGGCCCCGAGGACCUGGAGCCGCCGCUCAAAAGGAGGUGCCUCCGAAUUAGAAACCAGAAUAAGUAAAAGGAACACUUGCUCCCAGGGUACCUUGCAUGGAGAAAGGGCGUGGAACGAACCAUGUCAUGCCAUCCAAUGACACCAGCUGGUCAGCUCACCACCCCCCUCUGGCUAAAGUUCAAGCAAAUAACACAGCUUCCUGUCA